AUGUUCAAUUCACCAAUAUUAUCUCGUAACAAUAAACAACAAUCAUCGAUUAAUAUGAUGACUACAAAACAUAUUAUUGAUGAAAAAUCAAAAACAAUAGAACAAUUAAAAAUUAUUAUUGAUGAAUUAAAAUUACGACAUGAAAGAAAAGAACGUGAAUUACUUAAACGUAUUGGAAUAUUAUAUAAUGAUUUACAACAAAAUAAAAAGAAAAUGGCUCAUCUUAUUUAUAAACAUCAACAACAGAAAAAGACUAAUAAUGAUGUAAAAUCCUUACAAGAUUUUUCAAGUCAAACAGAUGAAAAUAAUUUAUCAUUAAUAUGUCCACAUUGUUCAAAUCAAUUAUUUGAUGCAUCUCAAUGCAAUGAUGAAAAUAUUACUCAACUUCUUAGUCAAUUAAAAUUAUAUUCACAAAAUAAAAUUCAAGAACAGCAACCAAAAUAUUAUACAUUACAACCAGAAGAAGAUAUUGAAUAUAUAUCUGCAACUCCUCAACCAAAUUUAAAUCAGUCAUUAUCAUCACCUGCUCUAUCGACAACCGAUCGAUCAUCAACAAGAUCAUCUUAUUCUCAUCAUCAUUGUUCAAUAUCAACAACAAAACAUAAUGAAAGUAGUUCAAGUGCAUAUAAUACAGCUGAAAGUUUACCAAGUAGUACAUAUUCUGAUGAAAUUGAAUCACUUGAACGUGUUUUAAAUGCUGCUUCUACAAUGUAUACAACACAUGAUAAUCUUCAACAUACAAUUAAAUUACAAGAAGAAUUAUUUCGACAACAUUUACGUUUACGUGGUAUUACGAUUGAUGAAGAUCAUAAUGAAGAUAAUGAAUCAUCAUCAAGUGAACAUUUAUAUGAUAAUAUUGAUGAUGAAACAAGUGAUAUAGAAAAACAAUCAACAGUAUAUAAAAAUCGUUUAAUACAAUAUCGUCAAAAAAAAUCAAAACAAAAUAUGACUUUUAGUACAGAUGAUGAUGAACAACAAGAAAAAAUUAAAAUAUUAAAACAAACUAAAGUACGAUUUAUUGAUCAAUAUCAUCCAAUUGGUAAACGUAAAAAUUUGAAAUCAACAUCAAGAACAAAUCUUGUUAGACCAACUAAUACUAAACGAUAUCAUUCAAAUACUACUCAUAAAAAUUUACCAUUACCAUUAUCAUCAAAUAUGUUAACUGUAACUAUUACUUAA